GUGGCGGGCGCGCGGGCGCGGGCGCCGGCCGGCGGCGGUUGGGUCAGCUGACCCGCGGCGGCGCUCGGCCUGUUGCAGCGGCCGGCCUCGGGCUCGCGGUCGCCGGCGCCAUGGCCAGCCAGUCGCAGGGCAUCCAGCAGCUGCUGCAGGCCGAGAAGCGGGCCGCCGAGAAGGUGUCGGAGGCCCGCAAGCGAAAGAAUCGGAGACUGAAGCAGGCCAAAGAAGAAGCUCAGGCAGAAAUCGAGCAGUACCGCCUGCAGAGGGAGAAGGAGUUCAAGGCCAAGGAAGCUGCGGCGCUGGGGUCCCACGGCAGUUGCAGCACGGAAGUGGAGAAGGAGACCCAGGAGAAGAUGACCGUCCUCCAAACCUACUUCCAGCAGAACAGGGACGAGGUUCUGGAUAACCUCCUGGCCUUCAUCUGCGACAUCCAGCCGCAAAUCCACGAAAACUAUCGCAUCAAUGGCUAGGCGGAGAAGAAAGCCACACCUGUUCCCGUGGAUUGACACCUGCCCGGGCACGGUGCUUUAGUGGAGCUUGAGUUGUAAUUGUGCAAAGGCAUUCAGUUAUUUAUAUGGUGGUAGGUUCCUUCCCUUUUCUGAAGAAUAGCAAAUCUAGUUUCUUUGUACGAACUCUAGCUUAUCCAAAGAUUUCAUCUUUUUACCUCAUUUUUCUUAGAAAUUUAAUAUACUUUGCUUUUCUAUGCCUUUUAGCUCAAGCGAUGUAUAAAUAUGUCUCAAUACUGAGUGUCUUUCUUAGAUGUUCUGAAAAAAAAAGGUGUAUUUUUGUUUUGUUUUUUGUUUUAAGAAAGAAAGGGAUCAAAAAAAAAUUUUUUUUUUCCCUAAAACUUUCUUAAAGGUCAGGGGCUUCAUCUAUGAAAAAGUAGUAAAUAGUUGUUUUUCCCCACGUCAAGCAGCCGCCGGCCUUAACCAGCCCUGCCCAGGGCCGGCACGUGACUCGCAGCGGCACCGCGGGGGCUGCUUUUCGUUUCCCCUCCCUGAAAUCACUAGGUGGUAGAAUUGGAGGACUUGUCCCAUCUUGUUCCUUGUGUUCCGACACGCGUUUAAAAGUAAAGACUGUGAAGUCAGGA